UGUGGGGUGGGGGGCGUGGCUGACGAGUAAGUUCCGCUUGCUGGCGAUAGCGAAGUUUCUAGGCAUAUUUAAAGCAGGGAAAUAACUUAUUGAAUAACCGAUUUAUAUAUAUAUAUAUAUUUUUUUUAGAUAUAUCAGCGUGAUCGUUCUUACCGUAGUGAAUUUGAAACCUCAAAACAAAAAUGUUACAGCUAGCUUGCUAGCAAGGUAUUAAAAUAUGUCGUCCUGGGAUAUCAGAAAGGUCUACUUGUACAAGUUACCACCAGUUGUGCUGUGCGACUUCUCCCUUGUUAUGGACAGUAUCUCCGAUGUGGACUGGGACAGAUUCGCGUCUCAUGUGUUGACUGACCAGACUCACAGGCGUCUGGCCGAGAGGAGAGAGAGACGGACAGACUGGGUGAUGAAUCACUGGGCUCAAAGGAAUGGAACAGUAGGAGAACUACUGAACGUACUGGACAAGCUGCAGCUGUUAAGAGCUAGAGAUAUCAUCUUGAACUGGAAGCCCAGUGGACUACGGCCCUCUUCCACUCCACUUGCUGCUCCGUCGCAGGUUAAACUGGAGCCUCUUGUUCCUCCAUCUCAUCUCUUCAACCCACCUCCUAAAGUCCAUCCUACCAACACUCUGACCACUAAGGCUUACUCUCCACCUGGACUGAGGUCUCUGCCCAAACCUGGCCCUCCACCCUCAGGGCUGAAAUCACAGGACCACAGAGGGGCGUUUGUAGACCAACAGUGGUCCAUCUCCAGAGGUCCCCUGCUGUCCAGUGCCAUGUGUUGGCCGUUUGAAGAAGUCCAGAGAGGAACAGAGGACUUCUCCCAUGCCAAGCAGAUAGGAGAGGGGGGGUUUGGACAUGUGUACCGGGCUACCAUGAGGAGCACCGACUUCGCUGUCAAGAAACUGAAGGAGAACUCUCCACUAGACUGGAGCGUAGUGAAGGAGAGCUUCAAGACCGAGGUGGAGAAACUAUCACAAUACAGACAUCCCAAUAUUGUAGACUUUGUGGGCUACUGUGUUGGACAAGGAACCUACUGUCUGCUCUAUGUCUUCAUGCCCAACGGUUCUCUGGAAGACCAGCUGCACAACCAGGCCAGUGCUGCCCUCUUCUGGCCACAGCGUGUCAGUGUUUUGCUGGGCACAGCCAGAGCCAUUCAGUUCCUCCACUCCUCCUCUCCGCAGCUCAUACAUGGAGACAUCAAGAGCUCUAACAUCCUGCUAGACGAGCACCUGGAGCCUAAGCUGGGGGAUUUUGGCCUGGCCCGGUUCUGCUGUAGCCCCAGCAGUAGGUCCGCUGGCAGAACCACCACGGUAGCCUAUACCAAGACAGUGAGGGGAACACAGGCGUACUUACCUGACGAAUACCUCAAAACAGGCGCGUUGGGAGUAGCCAUUGACAUCUUCAGCUUUGGAGUGGUGCUGCUGGAGGCUCUGACUGGCCGUAGAGCUUUAGAAGCAGACCACGGCCAAUCCAAAGCUGUCUACCUGAAAGACCUGGUGAAGGAGGCUGAAGACGACGGAGGUCAUCAGGUCAGAGGGAGGUCAAAGAGGACUCCAGAGAAAGUGACUCAGGAACAGUCUAGUAUUCCUCCAGCCGCUACACAUAUCUGGCAGAAGCACCUGGACCCCAGACUGAUGGUGACAGGGAUGGGAGGCUCUCUUUCUAGCUCAUCCAGGGUUUGUACGGCAGGUCCAGGCCCCUCUUCUCCAGCCCCACACGGCUCCCUGGAUCUGACGACUCUGGCCUGUCGCUGUCUGGAAGCCCGAGGGAAGAAAAGGCCCCCCAUGACCGAGGUGUUCCAGGCGCUUCAAGACAUCCAUACCCGUUUGAAGGCCUCAGAAAAGGCUGUGUCCUCCUCUUCUUCUCCUUCUCACCAGUCCUUCCCCAAACCUCCUCAAUCAUCCAUAGACUCAUGUAUAGACUGCCUGACAGACGUUCUGUCAAAAGUGGGUCCACUGGAAGACACGUACCACUGCCCUCCACACCCCUACUCAACCUCGCCUCACCUGUCCUCGGUCCUCCCUCCUUCCUCCUCCUCCUCCUUCCUUGGUCCAUGUGAGUCAGAUGAGAGCCAAGGUUAUUCCCAGUACUGUGCUCCUCCCUCUCAGCUCCCCCAUAGUGACCACCGAUCAGACCCCCAGACCUCCAUGCCGUGUGGUUGGUCUUCACCAGCCAGACAGUUACGCUCCAGGUCCCCGUGCUCAGCGUCAGAUGCUGAGAUGAACCCACAAUGCCGAGGACCAGAAGAGAGUGAUGAGCUUGAUUAUCUUUCCAGUGAGGCCCGUGAGAGUCAAGCCAACAUGCCCAGACAGACCAACGCUCACAACUAACAACCCAGCCUACCAUUACACACUGCAGUACCUAGACAAACAAAGCCAUGUGGGUGCCAUCUGCGUAUCAUACAUUGGCCAACAGUCAAUAUUGGCUGUUAUGCAAGUUCAGUUUGGGAAGAGCAAAGCAAAUGUUAACUUACUCCAAUCCUGCUUUUUUUGUAUGUUCCAUUUUUAUUUAAAAAAAACUGAAGCAUUGCUGUUUGAUAUCGUGAAAUGUAAUCAAAUCAUUUCUUUCACACAUCACUAGUUAUGGUUACAAUUUGUACAAUGUAUCUUUUAGAUAAUUCAGACCAACUGUAUGAUUUGUAUUUGUACAAUAUGAAUGUCAAGGUUUUCAUUAAAUAAACUUGAACUGGACUGAC